AUGAGAGUUUUGUUCUGUUUGCUCUGUAUCAUCGCCUUGGUGUACGGGCAAGCGAGUCCCGACGCGGCGACUAUGAUUUCUCUCAGAGACUCUCUGAAGCUUCCGUCGGAUUUCGCCUGGACCGGGUCGGAUCCUUGUACCUGGACAGGCACACAAUGCGUGGGCAAACGGAUCACACGGAUCCAAAUCAGAAACUCGAAAAUCUCCGGAACGUUACCUCCUAAUCUCAGAAACCUCUCGUCUCUCACUGUUUUCGAGGUCAUGGGUAACAGUAUAACAGGAGCGAUCCCGAGUUUCGCCGGGCUGAGAUCUCUGACGACGGCGAAUUUUCACGACAACGGCUUCACCUCCAUCGACGCCGAUUUCUUCACCGGUCUGAGCUCUCUCCAGCUAGUGUCACUCGACAACAAUCCGUUCACGUCAUGGGAAAUUCCGGCGAGUUUGAAAGACGUGACUUCCCUCGCGGAAUUCUCCGCCGUCGGCUGCAAUCUUUCCGGGAAAAUCCCGGAUUUUCUCGGCGGCCAAACGUUCCCCGGCUUGACGACUCUGAGAUUAUCCGGUAAUUCUCUUUCAGGCGAGCUUCCGAUGAGCUUCGCCGAGUCGCCAGUUCAGAUCCUGAUGCUCAACGCGCAGAAGCUCAACGGAUCGAUCUCAGUUCUCGAGAAGAUGACUGCGUUAACCAAUGUGACUCUCCAAGGAAACGGAUUCUCAGGUCCCAUACCGGACAUUUCCGGUUUAGUCUCGCUGAAGAGUUUCAAUUUCAGGGACAAUCAGCUAACCGGUAUCGUACCGGCAUCUUUAACCGAGUCGAAAUCUCUCUCCGACGUGGCGUUGGGGAACAAUCUCCUUCAAGGACCAACACCAAGCUUCAAGUCCGCAGAAGCUGAUAUGUCUGGGACCAAUAGUUUCUGCUCAGACACUCCAGGGACUCCUUGUGAUCCACGUGUCAACACUCUGCUUUCCAUCGUCGAAGCGUUUGGUUAUCCGGUGAGGUUCGCGGAGAGCUGGAGAGGAAACGAUCCUUGUGACAAGUGGGCAGGGAUCACUUGUUUCGGAGCUGACGUCAGAGUGAUCAACUUCAAGAACAUGGGGCUCAACGGCAACAUAUCUCCACGGUUUGCGGAUUUGAAAUCUCUUCAGGUUAUCGAUCUCUCUCAGAACAAUCUCACCGGUGUGAUUCCGCAGGAGAUGACUCAGCUGAGUAGCUUGAAAACGCUUGAUGUUUCGAACAAUCGGUUGUACGGUAAAAUACCGGUUUUUGGUCCGAAUGUUUUGAAGACGAGUGGGAACGCGGACAUUGGAAAAGACGGUCCUAGUUCUGAUGCUUCUUCUUCUUCUUCCGGUGGAAAGAUUGUUGGUUCUGUGAUUGGAGGUGUGUUGUGUUUGCUUCUUAUAGGGUUUGCCGUUUUCUUCUUUGUCAAGAAAAAGAAGCGGUAUCAUAAGAUGCAUCCUCAACAACAGCACUCUGAUGAGAAAGAUGAGGUCAAGAUUCCUAUUCCGAUAGAGAACCCAAGUGCUGGUGGUGGUGGUGGAAGUGAAAGUGGACUCAGCAGUGGUAUGAUGGAAUAUGGGGGCCCUGUGAUGUCAAUAGAGGUUUUGAGGGACGCUACGGAUAAUUUCAGCGAGAAGAAGAUACUCGGGAGAGGCGGAUUUGGAAUUGUAUACGAAGGGGAAUUGCAAGAUGGGACGAAGGUUGCGGUUAAGAGAAUGAAGUCUUCGGGUGUAGGUGAGGAAGAGAAUAAGAAUGGUUUAGGGGAGUUUAAGUCGGAGAUAUCUCUUCUAACAAAAGUUCGCCACCGGAAUGUAGUGACAAUCCAUGGCUAUUGCUUACAAGGCAAUGAGAGGCUUCUGGUUUAUGAGUACAUGCCGCAAGGGACGUUGAGUAGGCAUAUUUUCAACUGGGAGGAAGAAGGGUUAAAGCCUCUAGAGUGGUCUAGACGAUUGAUUAUUGCGUCUGAUGUGGCUAGAGGAGUUGAGUAUUUGCAUACUUUAGCGAAAGAAUGUUUCAUACACAGAGAUCUCAAAACUACAAAUAUUCUUCUUGGAGAUGAUAUGCAUGCCAAAGUUGCUGAUUUUGGACUAGUCAAGUCUGCUCCUGAUGCCGCACAGUCGAUGGCGACAAAAGUUGCUGGAACUUUUGGUUAUCUUGCACCAGAAUACGCAUUGACCGGAAGAGUUACAACAAAGGUUGAUGUAUACAGCUUUGGAGUGAUUCUCAUGGAGCUACUAACGGGUCGAAAGGCUCUUGACGCUAGGAGAUGUGAGGAAGAAGUUCACCUUGCCACAUGGUUUAGGAGAAUGUUCAUCAACAGAGACACAUUCAUAAAGGCCAUUGACAAAACGAUUGAGAUCAACCAAGAGACGCUUGGAAGCAUCAACACAGUAGCUGCGCUUGCCAAUCAUUGCUGUGCCAGGGAUCCACAACAGAGACCCGACAUGACUCACGUCGUCAGCGUUUUUGUCUCACUCGUUCAUCAGUGGAAACCCGACCAACACUCUGAAGAUGCCUAUGUUAGCAAUCAGAAAGGAGAAGAGCCAGAGGGAAUGACCAAUGUUUCACCUUCCCGGGGAGAUAAUACUGUUACGAGUAUAACCUCGCGACCUCCCGAGCUUGAACACUCAUUCGGAUCAGGACAAGGAAGGAAUGCUUAUUUCUGGUCGCCAAUCAAAUCCCCCACCACUCUAAAACCUCGUUUCUAUUGUCUUCUAGGGUUUCGAAAAAGGGGAGUAGAAGAUUACAAGAGAGCGUGGAAGAUGUCCCUUCCGCUACUGGAGUGUAAGUACGUGACGGAGGAGUUUGUUCGCGAAGGGAAGAAUGGUAACUACGGUUCCAAGCUGCCCAGCUCCGUGCCGAUGCUUCGAUUUCUCUACGAGCUCUGUUGGAAUUUGGUUCGUGGCGAAUUGCCAAUUCAGAGCUGUAAGGCAGUGUUGGAGAAGGUGAAGUUUCUGGAUAAUCCAUCGAGAGAAGAAUUAGCUUCCUGUUUUGCCGAUGUCGUGACUCAGAUAGCUCAAGACCUUACCAUGUCGGCGGAUCACCGUUCUCGCUUAACAAAAUUGGCGAAAUGGCUUGUGGAAUCACAGACAGUUCCUCAAAGGCUUUUCCAAGAGCGUUGCGAGGAGGAGUUUCUAUGGGAAGCUGAAAUGGUUAAAAUAAAAGCCCAAGAUUUGAAGGGGAAAGAGGUGCGAUUAAAUACUCGUCUUCUGUACCAGCAGACAAAGUUCAACUUACUCCGUGAAGAAAGCGAGGGAUAUGCCAAAUUGGUUACCCUAUUAUGCCGAGGAUCUGCAAGUUCUUCACAUAAUACAUCAGCAGCAACUAUGGGAAUCAUCAAGUCAUUAAUUGGGCAUUUUGACCUGGAUCCGAAUCGUGUUUUCGACAUUGUUUUGGAUUGCUUUGAACUUGAACAAGAUUACGAAACAUUUCUCAAUCUAAUUCCUAUCUUUCCCAAGUCUCAUGCUUCACAAAUUCUUGGAUUUAAGUUUCAAUAUUAUCAGAGAUUGGAGGUGAAUAACCCUGUUCCAUCUGGGCUAUAUAAGCUUACAGCCUUGCUAGUAAAGGAGGAGUUUAUCAGUCUUGAGAGCAUAUAUGCACAUCUGUUACCGAAGGACGAGGAAAUUUUUGAGGAUUACAAUGCUUCUUCUGCAAAGCGAUUCGAAGAGGCCAAUAAAAUUGGAAAGAUAAAUCUUGCUGCUAUUGGGAAGGAUCUUAUGGAGGAUGAGAAACAAGGAGAUUUCACAGUAGAUCUUUUUGCUGCUUUAGACAUGGAAACUGAAGCUGUUACUGAGCGAUUACCUGAGCUUGAAAAUAAUCAGACUCUAGGCCUCCUUAAUGGUUUCCUCUCUGUGGACGACUGGUAUCAUGCCAAUAUCUUGUUCGAGCGCCUUGCGCCUCUUAAUCCAGUGGCUCACGAUCAGAUUUGUGGUGGCUUGUUUAGGCUUAUAGAGAAGUCAAUCGCUCACGCUUAUCGCAUUGCUCGUCAGAUGCGUUUUCAAAAUUCUUCAUCUGCGGGCACAGAAAAGAGUACACACGUUGCGAGUACAACAUCCAGUAGGAGUCUAGAUGUUCCAAAAGAAGUGUUUCAGAUGCUUCUUACAGUUGGGCCCUACUUGUAUCGCAAUACACAACUGUUGCAGAAGAUUUGUAGAGUAUUAAGGGUUUACUACUUAUCGGCCUUAGAUCUUGUUCGCAGUAGUGAUGGGUCGUCAAAUCAAGAAGGUCGUGCAUAUGAAACUUCUCGUGUGCACCUGAAGGAAGUUAGGUUGAGAGUGGAAGAAGCUCUAGGAACAUGCCUUCUGCCAUCGUUACAGCUAGUACCUGCAAAUCCAGCAGUUGGUCAUGAGAUUUGGGAAGUGAUGAGUCUCCUUCCAUAUGAGGCUCGUUAUCGCUUAUAUGGUGAGUGGGAAAAAGACGAUGAACGGAAUCCUUUACUGUUGGCAGCAAGGCAAGUGGCAAAGUUGGACACUAGACAUAUUCUGAAGCGGCUUGCAAAAGAAAAUUUGAAGCCGUUAGGAAGGAUGGUGGCAAAACUAGCACAUGCCAAUCCCAUGACGGUGCUUCGGACAAUUGUAAAUCAGAUUGAAUCAUACAGAGAUAUGAUUACUCCUGUUGUUGAAGCCUUUAAGUACUUGACACAGGUCAGUGGUGCCUCUUGUGUCUUGUUUGUAUGCUAA